UAUUUUAGGACUUUUGAAAGAAAUACUGAAGAAUUGAGCUGUGAUGCUGAGUUUGGGAAUCGGGCGCCUCUCCCGAGUUGCUACGCAACCGCCAUGGUCAGAGCGGCGCGUGCGCGCGGCGCAUGCUGGGAGGAUCCGCGCGCUGCUGAUUCAGAGCCGGAGCUGAGGAGAAGAGGAGGCAGGAGAAAAUGGUGCAGGGGACAGCGGGGGCAGCGCGCGCGGCGGAAUGAUGCUCCUGCAGCCGGACUCGCGCUUCCACACUCCGCUACAGAGACUGCAGAACAGGUGAAUGGCAGGCUUGGGUAAAGAGCUGGCCAGCCAAUGCAGUGUGUAGGGCCUGGAGUCCACGUAGACGAAAACAUGAACGGGGCAGGGGAGCAGGUCGACAUCCUGCCCCCCAACUGCAUGGUCAAAGAGAGAUGGAAAGUGCUGAAGAAGAUCGGCGGUGGUGGAUUUGGGGAGAUCUACGAGGCGCUGGACCUGCUGACCAGAGAAAAUGUGGCGUUAAAGGUGGAGUCGGCACAGCAGCCCAAGCAAGUGCUGAAGAUGGAGGUAGCUGUGCUGAAGAAACUGCAGGGGAAGAAUCACGUGUGUAAGUUCAUCGGAUGUGGGAGGAAUGAGAAAUUCAACUAUGUGGUCAUGCAGCUGCAGGGGAGAAAUCUUGCGGAUCUGAGGAGGAGUCAGCCUCGGGGGACCUUCUCCAUGAGCACGACUCUGCGUCUGGGCAAACAGAUCCUGGAGUCCAUAGAGGCCAUUCACUCUGUGGGCUUUCUCCACCGAGACAUUAAACCUUCUAACUUUGCCAUGGGUCGGCUGCCAUCCACCUACAGGAAGUGUUACAUGCUGGACUUCGGCCUGGCUAGACAGUACACCAAUACCAACGGGGAAGUUCGGCCGCCAAGGACAGUGGCAGGGUUUCGUGGAACGGUGCGAUAUGCUUCUGUCAAUGCUCACAAAAACAAAGAAAUGGGUCGUCAUGAUGAUUUAUGGUCCUUGUUCUACAUGCUGGUGGAGUUCACUGUCGGACAGCUGCCGUGGCGGAAGAUUAAAGACAAGGAGCAAGUGGGCCAGAUAAAAGAGCGCUAUGAGCACAAAAUGCUGCUGAAACACAUGCCCUCGGAAUUUUAUAUCUUCCUGGACCAUGUGCUUGGCCUCGACUACUAUACCAAACCUGAUUACCUGUUGCUGAUGUCUGUAUUUGAGAACAGUAUGAAGGAAAGGGAGAUAACGGAGAAUGAGCCAUUUGACUGGGAAAAAGCAGGAACCGAUUCUUUAUCCUCAAACAGCACCGCCACACCUCCUCAACAGAACACCCGGCAGACUGCGGCUAUUGUCGGGGUGGUGAAUGUGACCCCAGUGACUGGUGAGUUGCCACGGGAGAACACAGACGAUGUUCUGCAGGAUGAGCACUUGAGCGACCAGGAAAACGCCCCACCUGUCUUGUUACCCAUCAGGCCUUGUGAGGCUGCUUUGGCUCCCCCUGGUGGGGAGGCUUGGGAUGACACUGACUUCAACCGCAACAAACUCAGGAUCAGCAUUAGUAAGACCCAGGUAACUGCAGAAGAAGAUGAGCAGGCUGGAGUGGUGCGGCCCGUCUCCCCGAGGGGCGGAGAAGCGGAAUCCCCUGGGGCUCAAGGCCGACCCCUGAGGUACCGCCGAGUCAACAGUCCUGAAUCCGACCGAGUAUCUGGGGCAGACGGGAGGGGAGAAUGCUGCGACAAACGUUCCCGUCUGGACAUGCUGGGCUCCCCCUCCCGGCACGUGUACUCCUCACAGCCAGCCCAAAUGCUGUCGUUGGAUGCUGGCCAGGUGGACCGCCACGCCGGUGGACGCCAUGAUGUGUCGGGUGAUGGGGACCAGGAGGCCCACAGCAAUGCCUUCAUUCGCUCGGUGCCCCUGGCGGAGGAGGAGGAUUUCGAUAGUAGGGAGUGGGUCAUCAUCGACAAGGAGACGGAGCUGAGGGACUUCCACCCGGGGGCGGAGCCAACUACGUCCGGAACCACAGACGAAGAGCCAGAGGAGCUUCGCCCCCUGGAGGAGCACGAAGAGAGAAGACGACGAGGAGGAGGCGCAGAGGCUGUGGUCCGACCCAAGACUCAGCGUGGGAUGAUGGGAUUGGCUGGGGACGAUGGGGCAGGACCAAGCCCCGCCCAUUCACCUGGUCAUUCACUGCCACACACCAGCCCACACAGAAGGGAGUCUGAGCCAUUCGGCCCACACAGACAGGAAUCAGCAGAGAUGGUCGUCUCCCAGACGAGGCCUAAGCGGGUGGAUUUCCUGUCAGGUGUACUGAUGUUUGACCCGCUCGGAGUGGAGGCGAGUGGAGGAGGCUCCGGCAGUGACGGAAGCCCACGCAGCAGCGAAGGGAGCCCAGAGGGCGCCGCCUCCACUCUUCUGGCACCACCUCACAGAGACCCCGAUCAGGAGGAGGGUUCCCGCACUCUUGUGCUUGUCUCGGCUGGCAACGGGGCCGGUUCCCCUGGAAAUGGGUUGAUCUCCCCUGGUGAUGGGCAGGGCACAUUGGCAGCACUAACACCGCAGGGUGAGCGACCAGCACCAGACGAAUCAGAGCCCGGUACCCUGUCGUCCGUUCUCAAGUCUGAGCCCAGGCCCAUCAUCAUGACAACUGUCGCAGUGAUCACUGGGGGCACCUCCUCCUCACCUCCAUUCACCAAAGUUGAGCGCACCUUUGUGCACAUCGCCGAGACAUCCCACCUAAACGUCAUGACGGCCAGGCACCAGUUGCCAGGGCUGAAUGAAGAACCAUUGUUGGAGCGAAGAGUGAUGGAAAGGGAGGAGGAGGAGGAAGAGGAAGAGCAGCAUGAGGAUGAGGAAGAGGCAGAGGCAAGGAAAGAAGGAAGUGAGAGAGAAGAUAAUGAAAGGACGAAGGACGGUGCUCAACAAGUUGUGGUUAAGAGUCAAGCAAGUGGUGGAGAACAAGUGGAGGAACAGGAGGAGGAGGAGGAGGAGGUAGAUGAAGGAAUGAUUGAACCACAGAAUGAGAGUGAACCAAAUGGACUGGAUAAUAUUUUGGCUCACAGUGUGGAGAAGGAGCAGAUGGAUGAUCUGGAGGAGAAGGAAAGCCCAAAACAUGAAGAAUUUGCAGAAAAUAGCAGCCCUGAAGAUCAAAAGAGGGAACAUUUGGCUGAGUCCCUUCACCAGAAAGAACCCUCACCUCCUGGACAUGAAGCUAGUCACUCCUUUGAAACCCAAAUAGAUGCUGAGGUAUUGGAUUAUGCGUUAGUUAAACAAGCUGAAGAGCAGAGUCAGUAUCAAGAUGGUGCAGGUCCUACUUUAACAAACGAUGCAAAGCAGGAAAUACAGGCAGAAUCCUCGUCCCGGCGACAAAGGCGUAGUCGCAUCCCAGUGCUGAUGUCAGAGGAGGAAACGGGUUCAGAGCGGUCCUCACAAAACAGCCAAGACCAGUCACAGCGAGCUCGCAAAAGUCGCCGCCCACAGUUGGCGCGCCUUGUUCUUGAACGGAGGCAAUCCCGUUUGCGCCCCCAGUCCACCUCCUCCCCCUCCCCCACGCUGUCGACAACCGCCUCUGAGGACGACACCCACCAAUCAGAUGAUUCAGCCAAAGCGAAGGGAACUGAGAAACGAAUGAGGAGCCGAAUCCCACGUCCGGCUACGCCCAUUAAGAAGCCUUCCACUCAGAUAGAUGCCAGGAGUGUCCCUCGAACUCAGAGAUCUGUCUCCUUCAUUCACCCCAGAACCAUCAGCUCCAGGUUGCAAAAGUCCGCCAGCGAACAUGCAAGUAUCCAACAGCAGCAGACAAGACCUCAACUCCGCCCCUCCAAAACACUACCUCCCCGCCCCUCAAUGUCAGGCCCCUCCCCUUCAACAGCCAAUCGGACAGUUCCUCGCAGCCUUUCCCGGCCAGCUGCCUCUCCGAGCCCUCGUAGCGUAAGCACCUCCCCUCGCAGUUACUCCACCUCCCGCACAGAUAGCCCCUCCCCUCAUCGCCCCCGUCGCCAGCCCCAGCCGCCGCUUCGCUCGCUUACGGCUUCACAGCAGCCAAAAUCCAAACCUCAGGACUCUGUCCCCCAAAAGAGCAAGGCACAGCCGACAGCCACGCCUCAGAAGGGCAAAAGAGAUUCAUCCGAGAUGAAGUCCAAAGGCAGAUAAUUACUGUAAAAGCCUCUCCUCAUCUACGGGCAUUACAUCUUCUUCACCCCACCACGUUCUCAUCUUCUCCAGCUCCUCGCCAGCCUCACUGUUAAUACGAGAGCCAGGCCACGAUACUCAUUCACCUUUUCAGCAGUAUGCAGUUCAGAUCCGUUGUUUUUUUCAUGACCAAAUAACGUGGACGAACGUGUUCGCGAUUGUAACAGCUGCUUAAAUACCUCGGAAGAGGAUUUUUCAACACACACACGGACACACGCUACAAUUGCUACAAUGUGUGCGAGAAACAAAACACAUACUGAUGGAGUGUGUCGGACAGUAGAACACACCUCACAUGCCUUAAUGAUGCCUGCAGCGUGAUUAUAUAUAUUUUCACCAUCACAACGAAAGCUUCCAGCAGACACACUGCAAAAGCUGUAUCCUACACUGUUGAAGCCAAUCAACAAAACAGAUCUUUAAUUGAUCAGACACCUUUUUAAAUAGCUCACAAUUACUCACUCAAAUUUACACACCUAAACAAGGUGUUUAGUGAUAGUGAUAAUUUAAAGAAACUGAAAUAUUAAGUUAAAUUAAAUUAGGAUUCAACAUUUUACACCCCCAAUGCAGAGCCUCCAUUAGGGAGCAGAAGAACACAGAAAAAAAAUUUUUAAUUAUUGCAAAUAUCAUCUUCAUCUAGCAUUGGUUCUUUUUCUACAGCUCCUACCACUUUCUACACAGAGGCCCAGUUUCAAGAUAAAUUACUUUCUAAGCACUAACGGAAAUAUUAAGGGAGUAUAUUAAGGCCUUUAGUGUUAUUGUAAGGUUUAAUCAUACAACAUUUCUAAAUUUGCUGUGCAUUAGGUCUUUGUCAUUAUGAUAUAUCUGUACAUAAUUGGUCUGUUAUGGGAAAAAAACAGUAAUAUACAUUGUAUUGUUGUAAUAAUGAAGCCACUGUUACCACCCACUUAUGCAAUUUAUUAAGCAUGAACUGUUAACUAUAUUACAGAUUUUUAGCUUGUUACUGGCAGAUUUGUAUAGACAGCAACAGGUUUACUGCUUUAGGUAAGUUUAUUGAGUUAAUUAGUGUUUAUUAGUAUCAAUUAAAGUUUUAAUCAUCCUUUUAGAGACUAAAAUUGUGAGUUUUACCAGGCAAUAGUUAGUAAUGACCAAACCCCAGAAUGUACUUAAAGCUAUAAUAUAUAGAAAUGCGUAGUGUUCCCAACUGUGCAUUAUUACAGCUAGCAAUGCAGGUAUUGCUAUCUUUUAAAAUGAUUGUCGAUCCAGUUAUGUACUGAUAUAUGUCCUGAUGUAAGCUUAAUGCAAUAAGUGAACCAUUAAAUGAAGUGUCUUAAUUAAACUAAACAAAAAACAAAGGCCUUUAUAAACCUUCAUCAUGUGCCCCUGACAAUAGAAUUAGUUUUUUCUCCAAUAUUUAUCCAUCCUAAAGCUAAAUAGAUUUUUUUUGUGGGGUUUUAUGAUUUUUUUGAACAGGCUAUACCUCAACCUGUACUCAAUAAAAACAGGUACAAUCUAAAUUCAAAACCUCAAACCACUGGUGCAAUGCUACACAGUCCCAUAACAAUUCCUAAUAUAUAAAAGUUUUAACUGGACCACUUUAAAAAUACAGUACUGUGCUAAAGUCAGAGGCCAGAGCACCUGUGUUUUCCAUUGCCAAGAUAGCAAUAGGCCAGUAAUUUACCUAAACGCAACUCACUUUGAAAACACUACACCCAUUGGAGUAGAUAUAUUCAUACGUAAGCUACGUUGCUAUUUAAACAGGGCCUUAUUAAUUAUACAUUAGGCACAUUUAAUAACUGUGCAAGACUGUAUAGACCAUUAAAUAAAAAAUAAAAAAAACACAGAAUAUUAAUAUAGUUAACUACUGAAGCUACUGGUUUGUUUUGUGCUGCUGAAAAAUAUUUAAAAAUAAAACACAUGAAGGUUAAUCUCUGACUUUUGCACAGUACUAUAUAUAACUUAUUUCAAACAUGGGUUUGUGGGUCUUUCAAUAUGGUAUCCAUGUUACAGACAUAGCCUAAAAUUUAGCUCCCCUCACCUGUUACUUGCUGGGCAUUGAGAUAUGUCAUUUAACCUUUAGCUUAGUUUCCUUUUAGCUUCGUUCCCUUUCGUUCCUGAUAUUAAAAGAGUGUCCUGCAACAUUUGACUCACCUUGUAUAUAUACCCCAUAGAAAGACUCAAUCAGGGUCCAUGUUUGAAAUAAGAUACAGUAUAUACAUAUAUAUAUAUAUAUACUUCUAACAAUGACAGUGCUUCAGGUAACAUCUGUAGAAAAUAUCAGUACUUAUAUCAAAAAGGUAAAUCUGUCCAUCAUUUAUUAUCAAAUUGUAGAAAUUGGCAGAUGUCUCCAUCCCACCAAACCACAAUGCAUCUUGUAGUUCAUUGUUGCAUCACUCAUUUUUACUAAGCCCAGCCCUUUAUCCAGAUGCCCCCAUCUGAUUGGACCUUUUCUCUGAUGGGCCUUUUCAUUACUGUGACCAGCACUACCCCGUUGGCAUGCCUUUGGAUAUGCUCAUUUUGCUGUGUUUCUAUAACCAUCUCUUGAAAAUAUGUAGAUAAAAUAAGUAAUUUUCAAGACAAAUUUAUAUUUAUUUUUGUUCUGUAUGGAGGAUCAAAUGGAUGUAAUAUAAAAAUGAGAUAAUAGUGUUACUUACUUACUUAUGUUUUCUUAGUUUUAGUUUUAUGUACACCGCGCUCAUUACACAUCUAUCAGAUAUCAUCAAGAGGAAGAUUCUUACUGGUGAGGCCAAAUAAACACAAAACACGCACUGACAGGAGGGGAACAAAGUGAGCAUCAGAGCACCAAUCAGCAUAGAGAAAAGCUUGGUGAUCACAGCAGAACUAGCUACAGAUGAUGAAUUGUUAUAGCAAGAACUGAGCAAUUUAAAUCUUUAUAUGGUAACAUCUUAUACUAUAUAGAUUAAGAUGAGAUAGACCCUGUUUACACCUGGUCAUAUUAAGGAUUGUAACCUGGUUUUGAAAGUUUCAUCAUAUUUAAUCAUAUGCAUAUACUCUCAACUUGGGGCAAUACUUAAUUUGAUCAAAUAUCAAGAUUAUUAAAAUAAAAAACGUAUGCCUCUUAUUAAGCAAAUGCAUGAAUACAAUAAUAAUAUAAUAAUUUAACGAAAAUGAACAGAUACAGUAGAAAAUAUAACAUGAAAUUAAAAACUCAAAGCAAAAGGUCCUACAUAAUAAUAAUAACUCAUAGUAGUGGAACCCCUUUGGUGCUAUAUAGAACCAUUUUAACAGGUUUCUUAAAAACAGGGUUUCCAUUACCGUACUGAAAUCUUUUAACCUUCAAAGGGUUUUCGUUUUUUAUAAAGAACCAUUGACUAAGAAAUGCUUAAAGAACCCAACAGUAUUAUGACAGUAAAAACAUUCUUAAAUGGUUAAUAGUAAUGUCUCAACUAAUUUUAUAACAAUUUCAUGACUAAUAAUGUCUCAAAGUAUUUUGUGCACUACAAGGCGCACUUAAAAUCCUUUAAUUUUCCUCAAAAUCGUCAGUGCGCCUUAUAUUCCUUUGCGCCGUAUGUAUGAAUUUUACCAGUCAGGUUGUAAUAAGCAGUAAAGUCACUCUGCUGAAGUACAGCAUUAUACAGGAGUUUCAGUUUAGCUCUCCAGCACCAAGACUCGAGACUGGAGCUGUAUUAGCAUUAGCCGCUAACCGCACUAAAUGCUAACUUAGUUAGCAUGUUCAGAGGUGAGUAUUUCAGACUGUGGCCUGCACAUCUACCAUGUUAAAACAAGCUACACGAGACAAACCAAUAGCUGAUAGUGCCCUGGCUUACCAGAACACUCAGGGUUCCUCAGUGUAGCCCUGUUGGGCUGCAUUUACUAGCGCUAAGCGCUGCUUCUAACCUCGCUAAAAUACUGGAAAAGAAGCUUAAGCGUCGUAGCGACACCCCUGUUCCUUACUAUUGUCGCUUUAAAGGCUUCUUAUAAUCCAGUGCGCCUUAUAGUCCAUAAAAUACGAUAAUGUCUCAAUUUCUUAAGCCACUAAUAACUUUUUUUUUUUUACAAAUUACUAAAUUAUAUUGAAUUGAGUUGUCAAUAAUCAUUAGUUAACAUGUGUAAUGAUUAAUAAUGCCUUAACUAUUGUUAAUUACUAAUUAGUUGAGAUGUUUUUAUUGUUUAUGCAUUCUUAUUGUAAACUGUUCCCUAGCUUAUCUAGAAAAAGGCCAGGGCACCAGAUGAUUAUGCAAAAAAUAAAACACACAGAAUAUUAUUUGUUGCAGCCAUCUGUGCAAAAUGUAGUUGUCAAAUAAAAUGCACAGCACAGUGGCUUAGUAGUUAGCACAAUUGCCUCCAGUUGAAGUCCUGGGUUCAAUUCCCAUUAUUUCCCUUUGGCCCCCAUUUAGGCCCUGUCUAAAAAUGUUUUUUACCUUAAACUUCUAUUACUCUAUGUACACCACUAUUGUAAGUCGCUUUGGACAAAUGUAAUGUAAUGUAAUUCCCUAUCUGGGACUAUGUAGGUUUCCUUCCACAGUCCAAAACAUGGAGAUCAGGUGAAUUGGAUACUCUAAAUUGCCAUGAUAUGUAUGUGUUUGUACAGCUGUUUGCCCAGAUAUGGAUAGGCUUACUGCUGGAUGUAGUCCUUUAGAUCCGGGGUGUCCAAACUUUUUUUGUUGGGGGCCAGAAGAAGAAAUAUAUUUGAAGUCACGGGCCACAGACUCUGUAAUAAAACAACUAAUGAAAUAUACCACUUUAAAUAAUACUUUUUUCCUGAUUAUUUCAUUUACACACCAUUUUACUUGAUUUACUAUCUUUAUCUUUGACAGUGUUGUGUAAACUAAGAUUUUUUUUUUUAAAUUGAUGUUGAUCUUUAUAUUAAACUCCUUAAUUACGGCAACUUUUAGACUCUUUGCCCCGUUUUUCUGCGCUAGAAAUGCGCACUCUCUCCGCUUUUAAACUCUUUGGCCCGUUUUUCUGCGCUAGAAAUGCGCACUCUCUCCGCUUUUAGACUCUUUGGCCCAUUUGUCUGCGCUAGAAAUGCGCACUCUCUCCGCUUUUAGACUCUUUGGUCUGAUUUUCUGCGCUAGAAAUGCGCACCCUCUCUGCUUUUAUACUCUUUGGCCUUUUUUUUUGCGCUACAACUUCACUCUCGUCGCUUUUAGACUUUUUGGCCCGUUUUUCAGCGCUAAAAAAUGCGCCCUCUCCUUGCUUUUAGACUCUUUGCCCCGUUUUUCUGCUCUAGAAAUGCACACUCUCUCCGCUUUUAGACUCUUUGCCCUGUUUUUCUGCGCUAGAAAUGCGCACUCUCUCCACUUUUAGACUCUUUGGCCCGUUUCUGACACCUAGCGUUCAAACUUUGAAUCUCACAUUAUAAAAACCUGCUUAACAGCGGGCCAACUUUCAUUCUAUUUGUAAAAUACCUCGCAGGCCGCUCCAAAAAAGGAAACGGGCCGCAAAUGACCCGCGGGCCGUAGUUUGGACACCCCUGCUUUAGAUAGAUGGUUGUUUCUGGUUGAGAGUAUGCUCAACUCGGUUAACUCGGUUGGCUGCCGCUUCUUACCACUGUGGGAUUGAUAAGUGCUGGUGACUGUGUGUAUAGGAUUGUAAGCACAUAUGGGUGUUUAGAAAGGUGCUAUAUAAGUGUCACUUUAUCAAGAUCAUCAUUAUAGAAAAUUCAAUAAUAUAAGAAGCUAACACGGAUGGUCAUUAGGUACUUAGGUACUUUAUUACUAUAUUAAUAUUAGCAUCAAAUUAUAUAUGUACAAUAUGUGGGUGCGCACCAAUUCAACCCUAAUUAUCCUCACACUAUAUUUAUUUAUAAAUAUCUAUAUUUAAAUCUAUUACUUUUUUUUGCUGGAAGCCACCAAUAACAGGCCAUAGGGUGAUUGUCUAUAACACAAACCUUUGUUACUGAAUUUCUGUAUAUACCAUCAUGUCAAUUAGAAUUAUUUGGUACGGAAACUGAUUUCUAAGUUGUUUCCCAAGUUAAUAUGACCAGGUGUAAACAGGAUCAAAAAGUAAGCCUUAGAUAUUCAAUAUUCAUUAUAGUACAGUUUGCACAAAUAUCAAGGGUGAUGCUCAGGCCCCUAAAAGCUGAAGCACCCCCAUGUGUUCCAUAAUGUCAUAUUUCCAGUGUUAGCAUAAAAAGUGUAGAAAGAAACAGCUGCAAUCAUGAUCAUAACUUAAAGUAUGUGGUUUUUUGCGAGUUUACUGAAUGUUUCCACAUGCUUGUUCUCUGAUCUAUGGUGGUCCGGUGGUCUUCUGCCCUGUGAAGCAAUGCAAGUGUUUCCUGCAAUGUCGUCCUUACUUUGGAAAUCAAUGGAACGCCACAGCUGAAUCAGUUCUCUCUGACCAAGGUAGCCUAUUGUUUGUUGAGGUGUGUAUACAUGCAUAUAUGUACACAUAUUGACCUAAAUGGGGGUUUGCUUCACAUUUGGACGGUUCUCUGCUGAGCAGUUAGUUGCAUGCCUUGUGAUACGAACGUAACGCAAAAGAGUUCCACUGUGUUCCAGAGUUGUUAUGUUGGUGGAACGUUCCUGAAGAUUCUCUCCCAUUCUCUGACUGGGAACAGAAGAAGAAAAAUGAGAGUGGAUAAGAAGAUGGAGAGAUAAGAUGAAGCGCUUCAGAACAUGGUAAAAGCAGCAGGAGAACUCGAGUCGUUUUUGUUUUCAUCCCCGAGUAUUGCCCUCUCUUUUUGUGGUUCCAUCAAAAAAAAGGAGAGAACCUUGCAUGACUGAGUUUCGUAACAGAACCAUGAUUGACCUAAUGCUUAUCUGAAGUAACGACCUCUCUGACCGGUUAUCCAAAUGAUCAGCGAUUGCCAAUCAAUAAACAGAAGCCACAUGAGUGCUUUGA